AUCUAACUAACCAGCAAAACAUUAACUUGAAGUAACAAAAUCAGCAGCAUUGGCUUCAACUGCAGCCUGCAUGGUUCGGGCAGCUUAUUCUGCUUCUUGAUGCUGCAUGUGCUGCAUGGAGGCCAACUUCAACAAUUUGAUAUAUAAUUCAUGGAGUUUUUGCAAUUUUGUGACAUAGUUGCAGGCUUUGAAUAUGUUUCCACUGAUCUGAACUUUGUUAUUGGCAGGCUAUGAGAGAACAAAUAAGUGAAAGUACCAAAAUUCUUAAGGAUCUGAUCCCUGCUUGCAAUAAGGUUCAGGGGGCGCUUUUGCUUGAUGAGAUUUUUAGUUACAUUCAAUCACUGCAACGUGAGAGCGAGUUGCAGUUCUUGUCAUUGGAGCUUGCCGCAAUCAAUCCCAGAACGAACCCCGCCAUUGAAGCAUUUCCUCUUAAAGACUUCAUGGAUGUGGACAUGAAUGAGUUUCAAAACCUGCUACAGAUGAUCCUGGUUAAUGUGGAUCUCAACCCGACAAAACCUGAAGUAGCAACAUGCUGUAACGAUGAAAUUCCCAUUAGCGACCUACUUACGAAAAUCGAAGCCGAGGAAGAGAGCAAGGGGAAGUUUUCAGACUUCGAUGGCUUAGAUGGAGAUCGCAUAAAGCACGGGAAAUAUAGUUUCCCACACUCUCUGAUCCCUACCCUCGAGACAAUCAUUGAUGCUUGUGGCGAUAUUUCUGCAACAAGUAAGAUGAACCCGAGCAUCACCGAGAUGGUAUACAUAAUGUUCUGCGCUAGUGUCAAAGAGAUGAACGAUCUUCGACUCGAGGAAAUCACCGAGGAUAGGAUAUUGAAGUGGAGGGACGCAAUCAAGGACGCUUUACGUAUCAGUUUCAAGGUGGAUUUCGCCAUGGAACAUUUGAAGAAAAUCGCUUGCGCUUACAUCGGUCAAAUCGAACGUCAGAAGCUGAAGGAUCUAGCUAUGAGGAUAUCCAGGUUAGAGGAUGAUCUGAACUUUAGGAAACAAGAGCUUGCAAAGGCAUAUAAACAGUCCAAGGUUUACAUUGAUGUUGCAGACAAUUUUAAUGGCAAGCUUGUUAGCUGGGGUAUGUUUCAGUCGUGUGCAUAAUUUAAAACAUCCACACGAACUAUCCAAACUCGGAAAUUCAAUUUUCUUACAACAUAAUAACACAAACACGAUAUGAAUACACGAACUACGAACAGGAUACACGAUAAGCCUGGAAUCAUCCUUUCAUCUUCGGUCCAACUUCGAAAUUGGAAAAACAUAUGGCCAUGCAGCGCCUGUUACUAUUCUCAAGGAAAGAAAAGGCUUUCCUUUUGCCAUCUUCAUUUCCAAGCUCAACAUUUGAGAAACAUAACAGGAAACAACUUCUCUUCCUGUUCUUAUUAUCAUUCUUUUCAGACAUCGAGCCGUGGUCAACGGUGGGGUCAAGGGCCGGAACUUCCGGAACAGCUUCGAGUUCCUUAGGGGGCACGGUGACACUGUCUUUGACGUUUGUA